AUGUUUAGAGCAAUGGCGCACCACCUUCUUCUGAGGGGUAAGAUGAGCGCUGCCCCGGCGGCGAUCUCGUCCGGCGUCGGCCUCGCUCGCUUCUCCACGGCCCCGAGUUCCCAGAGGCUGGCCGGGAAGGUGUCCGUCAUCACCGGGGCCGCCAGCGGCAUGGGCAAGGCGACGGCCGCGGAGUUCGUCAGGAACGGCGCCAAGGUCAUCCUCACCGACAUCCAGGACGACCUCGGCCGCGCAGUCGCCGCCGAGCUCGGCCCCGACGCCUCCUACGCCCGCUGCGACGUGACCGAUGAGGCGCAGAUCGCCGCGGCCGUCGACCUCGCGGUGGCGCGCCACGGCCGGCUCGACGUCCUGCACAACCACGCCGGGAUCGCGGGGAAGAUGAGCAUGGACUCCAUCGCGUCCCUCGACCUCGCCGACUUCGACCGCACCAUGGCAGCCAACGCGCGGUCUGCCGUCGCCGGGAUCAAGCACGCUGCGCGCGUGAUGGUGCCGCGCCGGAGCGGGUGCAUCAUCUGCACGGCGAGCACGGCGGGGGUGCUCGGCGGCGUGAACCCCGCGUACUGCAUCUCCAAGGCGGCCGUGAUCGGCGCCGUCCGGGCGUUGGCCGGGGAGCUGGGGAGGCACGGCGUGCGCGUGAACGCCAUCUCGCCGCAUGGCAUCGCGACGCCGUUCGGGCUGCGCGGGCUGGCGGAGCUGCUCCCGGAGGCGAGCGAGGAGGAGCUGAGGCGAAUGGUGGAGUCGGGCAUGAACGAGAUGGGUGGGAUGGUGCUGGAGGUGGAGGACAUCGCGCGGGCGGCCCUGUACCUGGCGUCCGACGAGGCCAGGUAUGUCAACGGGCACAACCUCGUCGUCGACGGCGGGUUUACCGUGGGGAAGCUGAUUCACACGCCGGAUCCGGUGAGGAGUGAGUGA